AUGAGUGAAGAAGCAACAAAGAAACGUAAGAUUCGGGGAGGACAUAGAACCUCAACUAAGAGAACAAUAAAUGCUUCAUCAACAAUUCUUGACGAUUUUGAUCCUUCAAAUAAACAACUUACCGACAGGGAAAGUUGACAGGGUGGGUUAGGUAAAAAGGGCCCACAGUAAUUGGCAUAUGCUGUUGUGGUGACCCUGCCCUAGUUGGCAAAGUUAAAUAAAUAAAUAAGUUAUUGCAACAAAAGAUUACAUUAAAGGAAAAACUAGACAUUCUGCAAAAUUUAGACAAUGAUAUACUAGCUAUUACUGAGGAGAAAGAUAUUGAAAAGGAGAUUGAAGAAAGUGAUCUUUUAAGAGAGAGAAUACAUGCUACAAUUGUCAGAAUUGAUUCUGUAGUGAUAAAGCUACCAAAAUUGAGUUUAAAGAAGUUUAAGGGAGAUAUUAAGGAGUGGACUCCAUUUUGGGACAGUUAUACUUCAGCUAUUCAUGACAAUCCUGACCUAAGUGAUAUUGAUAAAUUUAACUAUUUGAACUCCCUACUUGAAUCAAAGGCAGCAGAAGCAAUUGCUGGGUUAAAGAUUACAUCAGCAAACUAUCAGGAAGCAGUUGACGUGUUAAACCAGAGAUUUGGCGACAAGCAACAGAUUAUUAAUUCGCAUAUGGACAGCCUUCUUCAACUACCUGCAGUAACAAGCCUUCAUGAUGUUCAAAGUAUUAGACAGUUUUACAAUAAGGUUGAAUCGCAUAUCAGAGGUCUCAAGUCUUUGGGAGUAGAGACCGCGACAUAUGGUAAUCUAAUGAUCUCAAUAUUGAUGCAACAGCUGCCACCGGGUUUACGUAUUAUUGUAACAAAGAAGAUGCAAGAGGAUGAAUGGUCUUUGGAUAAACUUAUGACAAUCUUUCGACAAGAAUUAGAGGCUAGAGAAAGAGCAAAUCUGCAGUGUUUACCUCCAUCAAAGUCCAGUUAUCAACGAAAUAAACCGGGAACAGCUGCUACUCUUUUCACGGGACUGCAUGACACUACCUGUUCUUAUUGUCAAGGAAAGCACUUAUCUGCAAACUGCAAGACAGUGACCAAUGUAGCUGCAAGGAGAGAUAUUCUGAAACGAAGUGGACGGUGUUUUGUAUGUUUAAGGAAAAACCAUAUUAGUAGGGAAUGCCAAUCGAACAUAAAAUGUUUUAAAUGUGGUAGACGACAUCAUGGAAGUCUGUGCAUGGGCGGCCAACCCCGACAACAACACCCUAAUCCUAAUUCUGACCCACCAACCAACCAGCAAGAACCUCGGCAUCCACGUCAGCCCGCAACAGAGACUGAGAAAGGGGACGAAACCGGAAUUGGUGGCAAGAACUUACCAGCACAACCGAACAGAGAAAGAGAUCAACAACAACAACAACAGCAGCAAGCUACUACAAGUCAAACCAU